CCCUAUCUUUUCUUUUCUCCUUAAAAAUAUAUUUUAAAAAAAAGUAAAUUUAUUCUUCUCCUUAACAAGUUGUCUUUCCUCUCACUCUCUCCCCCUCAUCGUUCCUCCGCUACAUCUCCGCCGUCUCUCUCGUUACGACCUUUUAAACUUGUUGGAUGGGCACAUCAUCUGGCUCUAAUCAUCCUCACCAAAUGUUACCUCCACGUCAGCAGCUCCGAACUCUAGAAACAACUCUUUCACUAGUCUCACACGAUGGUCAGGAGCCACGUUCCAACAACUCCGACACUGUGCGUCGUGAGUCUCCAGCCGAGAGCGCGAGCUCUCAAGAAACAUGGCCACUCGCUGAUCCUAUCACGGCAAAGAAGACUGUGAAACAAAAGACAGAGCCUGAAACCUCUCAUGAGCAACAACAAGUGAUGCACCAUGUUUCUAGUGCAGAUAAAGUAUCUGUAAGGGACAUAGCUAGGGAAAGAGUUGAGAUAGUUGCAGAGAGAAUGCAUAGAUUGCCUGAUGAGUUUCUCGAGGAGUUGAAGAGUGGUCUUAAAGCUGUACUAGAGGGAAACGCUGCACACAGCGUUGAGGAGUUUAUGUUCUUGCAGAAGCUUGUGCAGAGUAGAUCUGAUUUGAACUCUACAACGCUUGUUAGAGCUCACCGUGCGCAGCUUGAGAUUCUUGUAGCGAUAAACACAGGAAUCCAGGCGUUUUUGCACCCGAACAUAACUCUGUCUCAGUCAUCUCUCGUAGAGAUUUUCUUAUACAAGAGGUGUAGAAACAUACCUUGCCAAAACCAGUUACCAGCUGAUGAUUGCCGCUGUGAUGUAUGCGCCAAUAGGAAAGGGUUUUGUAACCUUUGCAUGUGUGUGAUCUGCAAUAAGUUUGAUUUUUCUGUUAAUACUUGCCGUUGGAUUGGAUGCGACUUGUGUUCUCACUGGACUCAUACGGAUUGUGCUAUAAGAGAUGGACAGAUCACCACAGGCUCAGGAGAGAUGUUGUUCAAGUGCAGGGCGUGUAAUCAUUCUUCUGAGCUUCUUGGUUUUGUUAAAGAUGUGUUUCAGCACUGUGCACCAAACUGGGAUAGAGAGUCUUUGAUGAAGGAGCUUGACUUUGUUAGUAGGAUCUUCCGAGGAAGUGAAGAUCAAAGAGGUAGGAAACUGUUCUGGAAGUGUGAGGAGCUUAUGGAUAAGAUUAAAGGUGGCUUGGCAGAGACAACAGCUGCUAAGUUAAUAUUAAUGUUCUUCCAAGAGAUUGAGUUAGACUCUUCUAAGAGCUUUGAAAAUGGAGGUCUAAUAGCACCACAAGAUGCAUGCAGCAGAAUAGCUGAAGUAGUACAAGAGACUCUGAGGAAAAUGGAAGUAGUGUCCGAGGAGAAGAUGAGGAUGUUCAAGAAGGCACGGAUGGCUCUCGAGACUUGCGACAGGGAGCUAGAAGACAAAGCCAAAGAAGUAGCAGAACUCAAAGCAGAGAGGCAGAAGAAGAAGCUUCAGAUAGACGAGCUAGAGAGAAUCGUGAGGCUGAAGCAAGCAGAGGCAGACAUGUUCCAGCUUAAAGCCAACGAAGCUAAGAGGGAAGGUGAGAGGCUGCAGAGGAUAAUACUAGCGAAAACGGAUAAGUCUGAGGAGGAGUACGCAAGUAACUAUCUGAAACAGAGGAUGAGUGAGGCUGAGGCAGAGAAGCAGUAUCUAUUUGAGAAGAUUAAGUUGCAGGAAAGCUCGAGGGUUGCGUCACAGAGCAGUGGUGGUGGUGGAGGAGACCCCUCACAGGUGUUGAUGUACUCAAAGAUACGUGAUCUGCUUCAAGGAUACAAUCUCUCGCCUAAGGUUGAUUCUCAGUCAAACGAGCGUCAUCCUUUUAGAUCCAAUCCUUGAUAUGGUUCUUACAUUUUAUAUAUAGUUUUCAUAUCCUAAAACUCAUUGUAAACCGAAUGUUUGUAGCCUUAAUAACUCUUAUCUACUGAUAUUUUCUAGUUUGUGUGUUCUUACUUAUGUUGAUUUCAACUUGUUUUUCUAUCGUGUGGUUUCUAUGUUGAUUAGGUGAUUUAAGAAACGCAAAGAGAUUUUGAUUCUAGAAACGCCAGACUGUC